CCGGACGCGGCUGUCGGCGAGGACACACGUGUGGUUGAAAGUCUGGUUUUCUUCAGUGUCUCGAGUACGCGCACUGCUAAACCGCUGACAUGCCGGUGAAUAUCGCUUCCGUUCUGGUCGCGGACGCUGUCCACGAAAGCUGCGACCAAAUCCUGCGCGAGUACGGCAUCUCCGUGACGCGAAGGCUACGCAUGACACCUGAGGAGCUGUUGGAGGAAGUCAAGAGGCACGACGCGCUGGUGGUGCGCUCCGAGUCGAAGGUGACGGCGGAGGUGGUGGCUGCGGGCGCGGCCGCGUCGCUGCGCGCCGUGGCCAGGGCCGGCACUGGCGUCGACAACAUCGACGUCGACGCCGCCACCCGCCGCGGCGUCAUCGUCCUCAACACUCCUGGCGGCAACUCCGUGAGCGCCUGCGAACUCACCUGCUCGCUGAUCACCGUGCUCGCCAGGAAUGUGCCGGCGGCGUGCCAGUCGCUGAAGGAGGGCCGCUGGGAGCGCAGCAAGCUGGCCGGCUCGGAGCUGAGCGGCAAGACGCUCGCCGUGCUGGGGCUGGGCCGCAUCGGCAGGGAGGUGGCGGCGCGCAUGCGCGCCUUCGGCAUGACGACAAUUGGCUUUGACCCUCUGGUGAGCGCUGAGGCGGCCCAGCAGUUCGGCGUGGAGAAGCUGGAGCUGGAAGAGAUCUGGCCGCGCGCUGACUACAUCACCGUGCACACACCGCUCAUCCCGCAGACCAGAAAUCUGAUUAAUGAUGAAGUGCUCAGCAAAUGCAAACGUGGUGUCCGCAUCGUCAAUGUCGCAAGAGGAGGGAUCAUCGAUGAGAAGGCACUGCUGGUGGCUCUAAAUGACGGCCGCUGCGGUGGUGCUGCACUGGACGUGCUGACAGAGGAGCCGCCGCGCUCCGAUUGGCUGCUGGAGCUGGUGCGUCACCCGCAGGUGGUGGCCACGCCCCACCUGGGCGCCAGCACCGCCGAGGCACAGCGGCGGGUCGCCAGGGAGGCGGCCGAGCAACUGGUGGCACUCUCCGCCACCGUGCCCGCCGCACAGAGGGCCAGGUUCCAGCUGACAGGUGUUGUGAACGCACCCGCGCUGUCUGCAUCACUGGACGAGGGGAACCAGCCCUGGCUCCAGCUGGCAAAGGAGCUGGGCUCACUGGCCGCCCGUCUGGUCCAGGGUUCGCUGCCCGGGACGGCCAUCAACGUCACAGCCUCUGGCCCCGGUAGUGAGCGGCUGACCUUCGUUGCCACGGCAGCUGUUACUGGUUUGCUGUCUGGGCGCACACCAAAUGGGCUGAACCUGGUCAACGCCCCAGCACUGGCGCGUGACAUGGGUGUCACAGUGACAUCCGAGAAGGCCUCUGCUGGCAGCCAGGGAGACGACACCACAGUCACUGUCAAAAUCCAGCAGGCCAGCGGGGAGGUGCAUGCCAUCACUGGUACGGUCCGUGCUGACAACCGGCCCCUCUUGCUCUCUGUCGACGGCUGCGUCUUUGACGGUGGCAUUGCCCUGGGUGGGGGCGCACCUCUGCGCCUGUUCCGUGCCGCCUCUGCCGCCUCAGCACUUGGAGCUGUGUUGGGGGCGCUGGCUUCUGCCUCAGCUUCCAUUACCGGUGUGUCUGUAGCCGCCCCUGUUGUGGAGCCAGCCAAAGGCCAGCCCACCGACUCUCACGCCUGGAUCGCUGUACGCACCACGCAGCGCGUCGAGACCCGUGUUAACAUCCCGGGUGUCGUCGACGUCUGAAGAUUCACUUGUGCUGCUUUGCCCAGUUUGUAAAGCUACUGUGCCCAGCAGAACUCGACUUGUGUCUUCAGCAUUCAUCUCACUUGUUGAAGUGUGUUUUAUAAACUUCUGGUGCUCUGAAACUGGUAAGGAAUGAAAUUUCGAAAUGAAGUGCCAUCAGUCAGCUCUUAGCUGAUUAUCCAUUGUUGCCCAGUUACUUUUUUUUUAAGUCAACCUGUUCCUACUCCCCACCACACCAGUGGGGCAGAAAUGUCAUCAGGACUGUCACUUAUUAGCCAAUGACCCGUAUCUUUUGAAGGUGGCACUAAUACCUCUCAUUUGCUAGGUGGGUGUAUCUCCAGAUAGGAUGUGAUGUGUUGAAAUUACUCCACACACCCAAACAGUCCACAUUACACACCAUCCCCUUCCCUCCCUCAGUUCACACCAUGACUCCUAUUGGUCAAAUGUCAUCAAGACUGUCAACAAUUGUCGUAAUAACAGAAUACUGUGGUUCAAAUGGCUCUGAGCACUAUGGGACUUAACAUCUCUGGUCAUCAGUCCCCUAGAACUUAGAACUACUUAAACCCAACUAACCUAAGGACAUCACACACAUCCAUGCCCGAGGCAGGAUUCGAACCUACGACCGUAGCAGUCGCGCGGUUCCGGACUGAGCGCCUAGAACCGCUAGACCACCACGGCCGGCAGAAUACUGUGGAUUAUGUGCUACUAUAGCUCACUUUCUAUUAUUUUUGUGUGUAACCCCUGUCUCAGCCCAUCCUAAUUUUAAGUGCGAUAGGGGUGUUUUACCCGAGCAGGUAUUUCCUCUACAUAAUAAACCAUAUUUGUACCACACUUAGUUGAAGUUGCUGGUGAUGUUCCAGAUUUGUGCCACCACAUAUGCUAGGAGAAUAUUACCACCAUGACAGUUCUCGCCUUAGUCAUAUGUCUCUCACAUAUUGAAAUAUCUCCAGGCAUUCCAGAAGCAUGCUGAACACCCACUUAUAUAUAUAUAUAUAUAUAUAUAUAUAUAUAUAUAUAUAUAUAUAUAUAUAUAUAUAUAUAUAUAUAUAUAUAGUUUUGAAGUAUUCACUGAGACUAGGCACCGAUGUUUACCUCUCCUUGUAGUAAAACAAUGAGCAAGUUUCUGUAAAAACUUGUUACCCUCUGUUUUUCACCAGAUUUGAUAGUAUAACAUGCAUCUAGCUGAUUGGUCAAAACUUUUCAUUCUUACCCAAUAAAGCCUUAAUGUUUCAGACAACUAUUUAAAAGAAAAAGUGAACAAUACAUUAAUUUAUUUUACUGAUUACAGAUUGCAUCAAUAAUGCUUGGUAAAAAGGAAAAAAAAUCAUAUAAAUACUGGUGCAUUCCAACUAAUUUCAAAUGAAAUGUUCUCACAGUAUUAGAAAUAAGACUUCCUACCAUAUUGUGCUGUAAUUUAAUUUGCAGUGAAACCUGAUUCAUGAAAUUAGCUUUAUGAAAACUUGAAGUUUUCUGCUUGUACUUCAAUUUUUCUGUGAGCUCUAACAUAUAUUUUCAUAAUGUAUUUUUAAUAUUUUGAUCUGCAAAUUUUUGUUUAACAGAAAGCGUUUGACUGAUACAAUGAUUUUUGUGGUGUGUUGUAAUCAAUGGCUGUGAUAUUCAUGUACUGUGAAGGUAAAAACUUUGCUUGAACAAUGACAUUUUGUGGAUCUAAUUUCAUCAUGAAAUAAAAAAAAUAAUUUAAUACAGAAGAAGUUAUAAGAUUGGAAAAUAUGAACUGAUAAUGCCAAAAAAGCAUAGUC